GCUUCAGGCGACACCGGCCGUACCUGGCGGUAGAUCCCAACACAUCUACCCCACCCGGGCCCUUUGCUUCCUCUCGCGCAGGCGCAAUAACUCCAGUUUGCUGACCGGAGACAGAGCUGGGUCUGCAGCCCGAGCGUUCGUUCACAUAGAUCGCGAGCGCUUGGCGAUUGCUUCUGUCUGUUGUUUAGGUAUGGCGGCCGCGAGGAAGCGGAGGAGCUGCGGGAGUAUCGGUCCCGGUCUCGCUGUGUGCUGACCGCGACCCGGGCCUGCCCUGGGCCGAGUAGGCUAUGGGGGAGCCCGACUCCUUGGUCACGGAAGACCGCGCCGGUGGCCGGAGCUGGUGCUUGCGGCGGGUGGGGAUGACCGCCGAGUGGCUGCUGCUGGAGGAUGGGAGCGAGGUGACUAUAGGGCGAGGAUUUGGUGUCACAUACCAACUGGUAUCAAAAAGCUGCCCUCUGAUGAUUUCCCGAAACCACUGUGUUUUGAAGCAGAAUGCCGAAGGCCAGUGGACAAUUAUGGACAACAAGAGUCUGAAUGGUGUUUGGCUGAACAGAGAACGUCUGGAACCUUUAAGGGUUUGUUCCAUUCAUAAGGGAGACCACAUUCAGCUUGGUGUGCCUCUGGAAAAUAAGGAGAAUGCAGAGUAUGAAUAUGAAGUUACUGAAGAAGACUGGGAGAGGAUGUAUCCCUGUCUUGCCCCAAAGAGUGACCAGAUGAUGGAAAAAAACAAGGGCUUGAGAACUAAAAGGAAAUUUAGUUUGGAUGAAUUGAAUAGUCUUGGAGCUGAAGGCCCCUCAAAUUCAAAACCCAAAAUAAGUGAAGUAUUUUGUGAACCUGGUCAGCCAGUACAGUCACAUGGGAAUGAUGAAGUAGCCAGUCAGCCCUCUGAAUGUUCAAAUCCUAAGAUGACUUCUUAUGAGCCCAGCAAGAAGACCACAGGGACUCAUAUUUACCUUGCCCCCCCAGGAGUUGUAGAGCUUCAUCAUAAGAAGCAGAAAGCUUCAAACCCUUCUGCAUCUCAGAGCAGCUUAGAGCUGUUUAAGGUAACCAUGUCUAGGAUUCUGAAGCUGAAGACACAGAUGCAGGAAAAACAGGUAGCUGUUCUGAAUGUGAAAAAGAACCAAAAGGGGAACUCAAAAAACAUUGUGACAAUGGAGCAGGAACUACAGGAUUUACAGUCCCAGCUGUGUGAAGAACAGGCCCAGCAGCAGGCGAGAGUGGAGCAGCUAGAGAAGACUUUCCAGGAAGAGGAACAGCAUCUCCAGGGUUUGGAGGAGGAGCAAGGAGAAGAUGACCUGAAGCAACAGCUGGCCCAGGCUCUGCAGGAGCAUCGGUCUCUAAUGGAAGAGCUCAAUCGCAGCAAGAGGAACUUUGAAGCAAUCAUUCAAGCCAAGAACAAAGAACUGGAGCAGACCAAGGAAGAGAAAGAGAAGGUACAAGCACAGAAAGAGGAAGUUCUUAACCACAUGAAUGACGUGCUAGAGAAUGAGCUCCAGUGUAUUAUUUGCUCCGAAUACUUCAUUGAGGCUGUCACCUUGAGCUGUGCCCACAGUUUCUGCUCCUACUGUAUCAGUGAAUGGAUGAAACGGAAGAUCGAGUGCCCCAUUUGUCGGAAGGACAUCACAUCCAAAACUCACUCCCUAGUUCUGGACAAUUGCAUUAGUAAGAUGGUAGAUAAUCUGAGCUCAGAAGUGAGAGAUCGACGAAUUAUCCUCAUUAGGGAACGAAAAGCAAAGAGCCUGUCCUGAAGACCAUGCUCCAGGGCAUUUGAAAGACUGCCAGGCAGUGGGAGCUUGGGAUGGGUCCGGAGGAUUCACUCUGGACAUGACUUGGGAUGUUCUGGAGGUCAUCUUGAGAAGCCAGGUAGGACAGAGACGGAGUUAGCGAGUUCUCCGUCACGAGCCAUCGAUGCUGGCCUGCCCUGCUGCUGUCGUGUCUGAAGUACUACCCGUACUCAUGGAGCCCCCUGCUUAUGGGUACUUAAUAGACUGCUUCACUACAUGUUGAAUGGGUUAUUCUAGUUCUGUUUUGUUUUCUAAAUUUGUUGUUGUUGUUGUUGUUAUUAUUAUUAUUAUUAUUAUUGUUUUGGUACCUCAGAAGCAUCUUCAUUUUGGACAGAUUGAUUGUACCCUUGUGGCUGCCCUUAAAAGCUAAGUGGCCUCUAUUUUGAGAGGAUGGAAUACCUCUUUGUGAAAACAAGAUGUCAUUUCCUGGAAAUAAAAUGUAAAACCUAUCGGUUGCUCAUCUGGGCUGUGGUGUAUUUACCUUUCUUCCCUUUCAGCUCCCAGACAGUCUCACAAGUAAACACUGGCAGCUCAUAGAUUACAACCAUGAAAGUGACUGUAUCAGAUGAUAGACUUUGAAAUGAGUAUCAGCCUAAGAAGCCAAGCCCAAGAUCACGGCUGUGGCAGAUGGGCUCUGUUAAACCCCUGACGGUCAUGUUUGCUUUUCAGUGCAGAGGUGGAUCACUGCUUACCUGGUUUCAGGGUGGAGUAAAUUCCUUCCCUGAGCUGGUGUUUGGAGGUGGUUUCCAAAUCUGUUGUACCCUAUGUCACGAAAAUCCACGGGCAAUGAUUUUAUGAGAACUUAGUGUGCUUUUUUUUAAAUUAAAAGUCAUCUCUUUUUUACCUGCCUCCCCUUUUAAACAGAAAGAAAACCAGUUUUGAUGUUUGGGAGAAAAAAGCUUAGGACAACCUGUGGUAUCCUUGGUUACCACCAGGGAUGCGAAUGAGGGAACCUACAGGAAGUUGAAGAGUAGUCGUUUGAAACUGGGGGUCCUCUAAUAGGAUCACAAAACUGUAUAUUAUAUCACUCAAUGAUUUCCUUCCAGAUGGAAAGGUAUUUUCCUCUCCCUUUUUACUGCCUACCUGGAGAACCAUUCUUUUGUGGUUCUUUAUUUAUAUCCCAUGUAUUUUCAAAAAGGACUGGAAAUUACUGAGUUGCCAACUUUUUAGGGAUGGUGGGCUUUUUUUCUUUGUAGACUAUACUGUGAAUAUUGGGAUUCUGGAGUCCGUAGUUUUCAUUUCCAUCUUUCUCACCAUGACUACUGAUUGAAAUACCGGUGGAAUCAAGGAAGAAGUAAUAAAAAUAAAUAAAUACAAUAAAUAAAAACAUUUAUUAUAACCACAUCAUAAAAAUUCUGAAAAAACGGAAAAGAAGGAAAAGGUUAUUACCAUCUUAAUGUAAUAACCUCCUAUUUCCUCCCAUGAAUGUGUUUUGUUUAUAUGAUUACAUGGGUGUAUGUAAAUUUUUGUAUAUUCUGGGUAUUUUUUCUUGUUCACAGAUUAGUUAGAAGAUUACAGAUAUACACUUUUUGAAUACAUAAUAUGUUCACAUAGUUUGAAAUCAAAAGAUGCAAAGGGCAUAAAGUAAAAAGCCUUCUCCCUGGUCCCCCAGUGACCACUUCCCCUCCAUACAGAGAUGAGUGUUACCAAUUUCUUGUGUAUCCUUCCAGAGAUCUUCUGUGUCUCCACAAGCAAAUACAUGUAUGUGUGGUCUUUUAUUUUGCACAAAUGAUAGCAAAAAUUGUACACUAUUUUAUGCCUUGUUUUUUUUUUUUCAGAUAUAUCUUGGCGACAGUUCAUGUCAGUACAUAAAGAACUUCCUCUCUCUUUGUUACAGCUACCUAGUAUUCCAUUGUGUGUUUGUACCAUAGUUUAUUUUUCCAGUCUUAUUUUUGAUGGAAAUCUGGGUUGUUUCAAACCUUUUUCUCUUAAAAUAAUGCUGCAGUGAGCACCCUUAUACAUACAUCAUUAGAGGAAAAAUCUUCAAGGAAGAAGUGUUUCAACUCGAAGAGCCUGAAGGCCAUCCACACAGACUGACCUUACAUACUGACCUUUCCCUCCCGUAGCUGCUGGACACUGAGUGACUGGCAGUCCCUCCUUUGAGAAAAUAACAUCCCUCUGCAGUGUGCCAUACAGACUAGGAAAAUGAGCUCUCAAAGACAGACUGUAAAGAAUAAUAAGUAAAUAAAACUUAAAUUAAAAUUUAAAAGUCAGACUACCUGGGUUUGAAUCCCAGCCCUGCCAUUUGUAGCUCUGUGACCUUGGGCAAGUUACUUACUUUCUCUGAGCCUCUGUUUCUUCAUCUCAGAAGUGUUGCAAAGUGUUACUGUGAGGCCUAAAUAAUCGUCCCCUUUAUUAUUGCACUGCUCACAAAUAAAAACCUGAAUGUUCUAUUUUAAAAGACACAAACAAACCAAAAAUUAACCCAAAAUUUCCCAUAAUUUCUCUGAUCUCCAGAAUGUUCUUUCCCUGGAGAGAUAUCUGAUAUUAAACAUCAUCUGCAUUUUGCUUGCCUGGAAAAAUACAUGGUAACUUUUCUGCCUCCCAGUACCAAACUGCAGCAUAGCUGAGCCCCUCUGCUGUGCAGUCUGGCUCUAAUUAAAGGCAUGUUCUCUACAGCAGGGCUCUGAGAGACUGGGUAAAGAGGGUUUGUUUCAGUUUCUGGCUUUAUUAUUAAGCAGAUGAACACAGCCGGCUAUGUGAAGGCCUUUACAGUGAGUGGCAGGUGUCCCAUAUCCAUCUGAUUAUGUUAACCUAGAAAGAGCUCACUCUACCUCUUGGCAUGCUUCCUCUCAGCAAUCACACUGUGCCAGGGCUGGGGACUUUGGCCUUUGUAAGUUGGAUUGCUGGAUACCCAUCAUCUGUUUCUCUGACUGGAGGGUGCCGUUUUUAUAGAAAGACCUAAAUCCCCUCGUUAUCUCCAGCUCUUCUCUCACACUGCUUUUUCUUCCUCUGUAAACGACCAUCCAGGCAGUAACACCACAGCUGCAGGAGUGCCUGGGAUGGGCAGCUCUCUCCGACUGCCCAUUUGAUUUUUACAACGUGACUCUGGCUUGAAUCUCUCCGCCUCAUAUCUAAGGAUAACCCAGAAACUCUGGGGCAUCCUAGGUAUGUUCGUCUCGACAACUCAUUUUCCCAGGCCUGUAACAAAUGUUCUGAUUAGUUCUGACAGAAAUUAAAUGUCUAACUUGCAUUGUGGUCCUUAAGAAAGGAGAAUCGUGGAAUUGUUGUUCCUCGCCCAGAGACAGUCUUAUUAACAGGUACAGGGCCUGAUUUGAGCACAUUGCUGCCAUCCGUUACAGUACUAAGGAGGCCAAGGACUUAUUCUUCAGGACACCAGCUAGCUUCAUUCAGAGAAAGAAAACUUUCCACCUGGUCAGCUUCUUCAGCUUUUUCUACAAAUGGGACUUGAGGCAGUAGGAGUAGGGGCUCCUGGGAAGAAGGUGGAGCCUUGUGUUAGUAAGAAAUAAUGAAGUGUCCUAUUUAGCUGAUUCUUCAGUUUAGAACAUCUGAAUCCUAGCAAGGGCCGGGCCUCUAGUAAGUGUCCAACAAAUAUUCAGAUGCUGUAAUUCCUUCGUCUGCAGCAUCCCCAAACAAUGCACCCAUCAUGGGCUUCCUGAAUUCAUUGAUUUCAUUAUCUGCAUGAACUACUUCCUGCUUGCUGCUGCUUUACCAAAAUCUAACUCAGAUCCAGUUUCCAGACCCAUUGUCCCUGCUGUCUACUCCCCUUCAGGCACUGUAUUUUAAUCUGGUGUGACUUUUUUUUUUGUCAUACAAUGGCCGUUUGAUGUUUCUAAUAAAUACAAUUCAGCAAUAGUUUUUGAAUGCCCAUUGUUUACUAUGUACUGCUCUAGGUGUCUGGGGGCAUGGGGAUGGCAAAACAAAAAGAAACUUGUGAAUCUAAGGGGUCAAAAAGUCAAAAGCUUCCCACAGAGGUUUUAUCAGAUUCUGUGGGAGGGAUUUAGACAGGGCUGCCUACUGAGCUAGCAUAUUGGGUGUUUCUUCGUAUUCCUCAAACUCCAGGCUACUCUGGGCCUACACCAAGAUUCAAAGCUGGCAUUUCACACUUGUAGGACUUGGGUAGCUGGUCUAACCUGGCUAGAUGUGCUGAGCUGUCUCAGUGUACCUCUCCUUAUACGUCCCCUCAGGCUGUAGGGAUCACCUUAGAGAUGAAGCUCUCUGGGGCCUUUACCCAGUGCUAGCCAGGAGCCUUUGAGGGCACCUCUGAGGCAAAUUUGCAUCCCCAGCAUGGAGUACAGGCCCUGAAUAUGCCUUCCACACUACACAAGAACACCACAGUCCUGUGCAGGCAAGCACCCAGGACAUUGCCGAGGGAGUCUCAGGUGACACUACUUCAGCCAAGGUUGUUGUUGUUUUAUGCCAUUGAGUCAAUUCCAACU